AUGUCUAGUCCACUCUUACGUUCUUCUGGAGCAUCGUCAGAUCUCUUUGGCCCUGAUGAUCCCGACUUUCUCGAGGCUCUCCACAAUACCGUACUUCCUGGCGAUGUGGAGAUGGCUGAGGCUGAUGCACUUGACGCCGUAGUACCGCCGUCAUGCACACAGCCAGGACUCAAACGCCGUCGUUCACCGGACGUCGAUGAUGCAUUGCCAUCGGACUCUUCUUUACCCAUGCUCGCAAGUGAUAAUGAUUCCUCAUAUAUGGACACCCACACGUAUGGGCCAUCGCGUUUCGGUCAACUUGGCGAAUAUAUGCACCGGAAACGCGCUAAGCUUCAGCUUCAAAAUACUGAGUUGGACGAUGAACCAGAUGGAAUAUCGGGAAGAAGUAAGAUUUUCAAGGGGUUAGCUAUCUACAUCAAUGGCCGGACUGAACCUUCUGUCCAGGAAUUACGGAGGUUAAUUGUCCAACAUGGCGGGGUCUACCAUGCGUACUUAGAUAAGAAGGCUCUAGUCACACAUAUAAUAACAUGCUCCUUGACACCGGCGAAGAUCAGUGAGUUUAAACACAUGAAGGUCGUUCUACCCGAAUGGCUGGUCAAAAGCGCCAAGGCAGGCACCCUGCUGGAUUGGAAAGAUUACAUUUUCCAACCCGGUGAAAGAGUUGAACAAUCGCAAGGCCGUCAAGUUGCUCAGUCAUCUCUGCAAGGCUUCGUCAAGCAACCCACAAGAAAGGUCGAAGUUACUUCAGGUGGUAUAACAACUAAAACGAAUAUUUCAUCAACAUCGUCGAUAUAUCAUGAUGCUGAUGGAUCUACUCACGAGCCUGAGAUUUCCAUUGCACCUGACUUGUCAGCAUCCCCUCAUACGCCAACCAAGCGGGAAAUAAAGCCGUCCCAUGUGCCACAUACAACCAACCCCGUCUCUCCCACCCAUGCCAGCCGCAUGCCCGGAUAUGCCGCCCACAAGUCCAACGAAAGCGCUGCACGAGCGAUGGCUGAUCCGGUAUGGCGAGCUGCACAUACGUCCGUUGCGCCCGAUUUCAUCGAAGGGUAUUACAAGAACUCACGCCUACACCAUCUGUCCACCUGGAAAAUCGAGUUGAAGACACUUGUUAUCGAGGCUCAGGAGCGCGCAGAGCGCGGAGCGAUCCCUGGCUCUGAUCUGCAUGUGCACUCAAGAACAGAUGGCGUCAGCAUGCGAGGUGCAGAGCUAGUGCUCCAGAACCCUCUGAAGGGCAAGGGCAAGGAGAAAGUAGGAGAUGUGGAGCGAGUGAUCAUGCACUGCGAUUUCGAUGCCUUCUUUGUGUCUGCAGGACUCAUCGGCAGGCCCCACCUGAAGGGGAAACCAACAGUGGUGUGCCAUUCGCAAGGUGCACAAGGUGGUGCAUCGAGUACGAGUGAGAUUGCGAGCGCGAGUUACGAGGCAAGAAAGUUUGGAAUCAAGAAUGGUAUGAGUCUCCAGCAAGCGCGCACCCUGUGUCCGGCGGUGCUCACAAUCCCGUACGAGUUUGAGAGAUACAAACAGUUCUCGCUCAAAUUCUAUACCAUCCUCAUGGCACAUGCGGAUGACCUGCAAGCCGUUUCUGUGGACGAGGCGCUCAUAGAAGUCACUUCGAAAAUAUCGCAGAUGACUGUACUCUAUCCAGAUGAGGAAGGCGGACCAGACCUGACUAUCGAUCCUGCGAAAGAAUUGGCAGAGGUGAUACGCGCACAAGUCAAGGAUGCAACUGGAUGCGAAGUUAGCAUCGGAAUCUCUCAUAAUAUAAUGAUGGCUCGCCUCGCGACCCGUCGCGCUAAACCAGCAGGGUCAUAUCAUCUGCUUCAAAGGGAUAUCCCCGAAUUUAUGUCUCGAUUAGAUAUACAGGACCUACACGGCUUCGGAUGGUCUACACGGGAGAAAGCUCAGGAAAAACUUGGAGCUACUGAUCUGGGCGAACUGUCCAAGCGCAGUAAGGCUAUGUUGUGCGAAGCGCUAGGAAAGGGCACCGGAGAGACUCUCUACAAGGCUAUCCGAGGCGUAGAUGAGCGCAAGCUUGAGAGCGAUAAACCGAGGAAGUCGGUUUCGUGUGAGAUCAAUUACGGAAUCCGCUUCGAAGACAGCGAGCAGGCCGAGAUGUUCGUGUACCAGAUGGCGGAAGAGGUGACGCGCAGGCUCAACAAUGUCGGUAUGAAAGGGCGGUCCUUGACAAUAAAAGUCAUGAAGCGUGAUCCAACCGCGCCUGUCGAGCCGCCGAAGUUCAUGGGACACGGCCUUUGCCUCACAUACAACAAACAGUCCCCUUUAGCUGGUGCCAAUGGCCGUGCCACAAGUGACGACAAGAUUAUCGGAGCUCAAGCAUGGAAGCUAUUCAAGUCCUUCAACAUACCACCUCAGGAGUUACGCGGCCUCGGUAUUCAAAUUCAGAAGCUCGAAACUACGGCUGCUCCAGCACCCGCGCCGGGGCAAGCAAGACUUGGAUUCAAGCUAGUAGAAGCACUAGGCAAGGCCGGACCGUCCUCGGUCAAGCACGAUGAUCAAGUCACGAUCAUAGUGCAUCCACCUUCUCAGAACAGCGAUGUUGUCGAGGUCAAUACCGCCGCAGACAACCCUACAUCAGCAUCAGACUUGCCCUCGUUCUCCCAGGUUGAUUUGUCCGUAUUCAAUGCGCUUCCUGCCGAUCUCCAAGAAGAACUACAAGCAGAGUAUACACGUCGUUCUAAAUCUGCAUCCCCAGCCCCUGCAUCUCCACCUCCUCUCCGAGACAAACCACCAGCCAAUCUUGCUAGAAUCACUCGUCAGCUCGCUCCGCGCUCAAAGGGAGUCACCUUUCCCAGUAAACGCUCCUUGUUCGGGGCGGCCGUGAGUUCCUCGGCCGUACAUGUUACAGAAAUGGAACUACGCGAACUCAAUAUCGAUCCCGCUGUGUUCGCCGCGCUCCCGGUUGUUGUGCAAAGAGAGCAGCUUGCGCAAGCUCGGGGCCCAUUGAUAUCUGUCGAGCCUCUCAAACCACUCAAGCCUCCAAAGCGUGCGGGGCCCCGUUUGCAUUCUCGUACUCCGGGAUCGCAUAUACCUCCCCCACCUCCGCCCCGCGCGCAUUUCAGUGUUCAUCCCGUGCUGCGUCAACCAGGCGAAGAGAAGGGGACCACAGUGUCCUUUACUGAAGGAGAUGAUGUGCAGCGGUUACUUGGAGAAUGGGUCGAGGGCUUCAAAGAUUAUUCGCCCCACUCAAAGGACGUGGAGUAUUUUUCUCGCUUCUUGGUUCGGUGUGUCGAGACGGAUGCCGGAGUGGAAAAGGCGGUAGGGGUGAUGCGGUGGUGGCGAGUGUUGCUGAAGAGAACCUGGGGACUUUGGGAACACCCAAGGUCUCAAGAUCCACAUCCAGAUCUAAAAUGGGACCCUGCGGAAGCUGUCGGACGGGAAUGGUGGGAUGCGUACAUGGAUGUGAAGAUGCGCUUGAAUCAGGUUGUCAAAAAGCGAUUCGGUGGAAUGCUCUCAUUCUAG